AUGGGCGGCGAUAGAAUCUUUUCUCCUAUAUCUGCUACUGAAGAAGAAUCAUCGUCAGAACAAGAAUUCCCCCAUGAAUCAGUUAAACCCGGCCUUUUCAGCGGGGAUGAGAAUGGUUCGGUGAUCAGUGGAGAAAGUGUAUGGGAUUUCAUAGAAUUUUCCCCGGAAGAUUGUCUGGUUUGUUCGAGUUUUGAUGCAGCUGAGAGGCAGAGGCGCAAGGUCUAUGCAGAAGUUUUGAGGAGUUACGAGGAAUUACGGAAUAGGACUGAGAGAUUGGAGGAGGCCAAAGGUAAAAUCUUGAGCUAUACUCCCGGUUUAUGGAUUGAAAAGGUUGCUGGUAUAGACUUGAGUGACUAUGAUGUCCCAAAGACUACGACACUCUUAUUGAUUGGUCCAAAGGGUUCUGGAAAGAGUAGCCUUGUGAACAAAAUUUCUAGGGUGCUUGAGGAUGACGAAUUUGCAACAGAUAGAGCACAAGUAUCAUAUAAUAUAUCUACUGGAGAUGGGACCUAUUUCCUCCAGGAGUACUUGAUCCCAAGAGGUUCAGGUUUCUUUUGUCUAUAUGACACUCGCAGUUUGUCCAAUGAUUCUUUGGACAACCUGAAAAUAAUCAAGCUUUGGAUGACGAAGGGUGUUUGUUGUGGAGAACUUGUCAAAAGAAAGUCUGAUUGUUCAAGUUUAAAAAGCCAAUUGAAGCACAAGGCACAAAAGAGUAGGUGUGAUCCCUCUAAGGUCAGGAAGAUUAACUUUGUCAUAUAUGUUGUGAAUGGGCUUUCCAUAUUAGAAUCAAUGGAUGGUGAUGAUGAGACAACGAAAUCAUACACUGAUAUGGUUGCUACAACUUUCAACAAUCCAUUAUUGUCAUUCAGAGAUGACAAGCCUGUUAUAGUAGUCACACACGGGGAUUUAAUGUCACUUUGUGAUCGUGUGAGAGUGCGUGUCCAUUUGGGAAAGUUGCUGGGUGUUCCUCCAACAAGACAAAUUUUUGACAUCCCAGAAAGCAAUGAUUCAACCGUUGCGUUGACUGUAGUUGACAUGCUACGCUAUAGCCUUGAGCAUGCAGACAGAAACCUUCCUGGCAAAGUUCGGUUCAUGAGCAAGAUGUAUAAAUCAUCCAUACUGGCUUAUUUACUGCUCCUGUUGGUUCUGGGGAUAGCCAUUGUCUACCAAAUUUGCGGAACCAAUUUUCAGUCCCAUUCAUUUAAGAUUCAUUUGGAUGAAGUAACUGGAUCGAUUCCUAGCAAAAUAAAGGAAACUGGGGAGGCCAAUAUUCAUUCUCAUUCAUCAGCAAUUCAUUUGGAUGAAGCAACUGGAUCGAUUCCUAACAAAACAACUGGAUCGAUUCCUAACAAAAGAAAGGAAUCUGGGGGAGCCAAUUUUCAUUCUCAUUCAUCCGAUAUUCAUUUGGAUGAAGCAACUGGAUCGAUUCCUAACAAAAGAAAGGAAUCUGGGGGAGCCAAUUUUCAUUCUCAUUCAUCCGAUAUUCAUUUGGAUGAAGCAACUGGAUUGAUUCCUAACAAAAGGAAGGAAACUGUUCCUAAGAAAAGAAAGGAAACUCAGAGAGCCGAUUUUUCAUCAAAGAUUCAUUUGGAUUGGCGUGCAACUCGACACUUGUGGUUAGGCUCGGAUGAUGAAUAG